CUCUCUCUGGCGGCCUUCACUGCUCAUUCCCACUCUAUCUGAUUUCUUCUCAAAAUACCAGCAGCCACAAAGCAAAUGCAUUUGAAAGUGUUGCCAAGAGAACACUUACCAAUACCCCGCGUUUUCUCUACUGACUUUGCUACUUCUUGAUCGAGAGACUGGUCACAGUGCUCGAUAUGCUUGUUGGAUCGGAGCUCGUGUGUAUCGCCAGAAUCAAAGAUAGACCUAAUGGAUGAGAACUCGACGAGGCAUCUCCAGUAUGGACAUCUGGGGAAAGCCAUUUACCGUCCGGAUACUCAAACUUGGUCGUUCUCACGGACUUUGACGCCUGCACCACGCAUCCCCUACACUGGAGUGACUAAGACUGCUGUACCUUCGCCUAUUACUUUAUCGAAUGCAUCAUGGGCGGCUGCGAAACCUCCUGCGUCCGACGGGUAUACCAAGCUGAUUAAAAACUUUCCCUUCGCUCAAAACGAGUCGCUUUCGCAUAUAAUCGCUACGACAAGUGAAUUAUGUGACCCUUUGAUCUCCUCGCUUCUCGACUUUGGCUAUGCAGUGGAUUGGGAGCUUGACACUUCUGGGCGUCGCGCUGUCCCUGUUGUGGCAUUUGCUUCCGGGGAAUGCGGUAACAAUAUUACCUUCCGGACAAUAACCGGUGACACGGUGGAGCUAAGGCAAGAGGAGGUGCACCGGAUAAGGGUUCCGACGAUUGAAAAGGGGGAGGCUAUUGAAUGGCUGACCGGGGGGGCUCCUAUCCAACAGAUUUGCUUCUCACGAGCUCCGGAAGAGAGGGGAACCUUCAUGGCGGCCCGAUCACGACGUUCUACAACUAUAUUUCGGCCUCUAUAUUCCCGAAGCCCUUCCUCUGUAUCCGUGGGCCCAGAAAAUGGAACGACCACCCUAAGCAACUAUCGGAGUUCUCGCCUGAAUCCAAACGCAUUGGUGGAACUAUUCCCCUCGCAUACUGGAGACUCUCCCCACGCAGAUGUGGCCUUUAACCCCUGGAACCAGAAGCAAUUUGCCAUCAUUGAUGAACAGGGUAAUUGGAGUAUCUGGGCAUUGUUCAACCGCCAUCGACGGAAUAGGGACAAUUGGAUUGCAGAAUGUAAGGGCUCUGGCUCCCUCCCUUGGGUCGGUGUUGAUGACGUUCAUGAAAUGGGAGCUUCUGGCCGACAUGAUGGCUGGAUGGCUAUUGAAUGGGUUUGUGAUGAGAGCCAUGUUGUUGUUUGUGACCGAAGAUGCUCGAUGCUCUACCGAAUUGAAGGUGAUCGGGUAUACUCCACUUCAAUCGAUCUGGGAUUCACAAGAAGGUCGGAAUGGAUCCUAGACAUAAGGAGAAGCACAUCCAACACGUCGCAGAUCUUCAUUCUCACGACAUACCGGAUUUUCUGGCUUGAUGUAGCACCCGAUUCUAUUCCAGUCGAGGGUAAUUCGAGGCCUUCACUUCACCCGCGGCUGUCCUGGCGCCACUUUCGAGACUCGGAUGAUACAACAAUGCAACUGACUUCUUUCGCAAUGGAUGAAGAUUUCUAUCUGGUUUUGUAUUCCCGCCUCAAUAAGCUCGUGCUAGUUUUCCAUUGCCCCAACGCAUCUGAGGGUCUCGAUUCGGCGCCUGUUCCUGAUCCCGUUAUUUUGGAUUUGCCUUCGCCAUUGAAUCCUACGGCGGAGUCGGACCCCUCCUCUCCCACUCUCGCACAUUUUUCCACCCUCGUCCUAAAGGAGAUCGCUCAUUCGCCGUCAGGCCUAGGCAGGAACUAUCAUGACCCCAAUAUGAGGCUUCUAAAGCUUUUUAUAGUUGAUUCACGCCUUACUAUCCACGAAUCAAUAUAUUUCGGACCCUCUGGUGGCGACUCUGCGGGUAAAAGAUCGCGAGGCGAUGUAUUGCGUGUUAAAAGACAACGCCUGGCUGGACAGCGAAAAGUAACCGCUCACUCCUGGGGUGAUUUCGUUGUGGAUGAUUGGGACGAAUCGGUCUUUGUGACCGAUACAGUUCCAGAUUCUGGACUGUACAGUGUUGCUCCUUUGGCAGAUCCCCAGUGGACCCUCGAUUAUACGCAGAUUUAUGCAAUUGCCACUGGCAGCAUACAUCUUACAGCCCAGAAUGGUCGAGGGGGCCUUGAGUCCAGUUUCCAGAGUUCUAUCAAGGAACUGAAGGACAAAGUUUCUGUUGCCACCCCGAUUGACAGGCUCACCAGUCCAACAGCGCUUGAAAUACUACGCAGGACACCUAUAAUUGACGAUAUCGACCAAAACGCUCAUGUUCUCGAGGAUUUCAUUUCUCAAUAUGCAUCGGCAGCACGCUCUGCUGAGGGAAAUCAAAAUCAUUUUCUUGUUCAGCUCUUUGAUCCUUUCAGAUCACUGUUUUCGCAACAUUCCAGGUCGGCAGAGUCACCGAGGCUCAGCUUGGUGGACAUUUACGAUCGACUCGUGAAUAGCUGGCUAGUUAGCCUGCCUCGUGAUACACCAGGACGCGCACGAAUCGCCAAAGAAAAGGCAAUCCGAGGUUUUGUAGCUGAUCUUGUGCUUGGUCAGAUUAUCUCAGUGCACAGCCCAAACGAAGCUGAAUCCAACGAACUCGAACAGAAGGACCAAAGUAUUUCUUCUACGAAAGGGUUUAUAACUCCAUCGAGUACUGGUGAUGAAUAUUCUUCACUUGUCCCGCUACCUACUCCAAGCAUCUACGAGUCCCACACGCAGUCUAGUAGUAUUACAGCUACCCAGAAUCGCUCCACCUUUGGAGUGGAUAUAUCUCCCGGAAUCCGGACAGAAACACGGCCUACCUUUUCGGCUCUCUCCUCUUACACGACAUUCACUAACCAAAGAACAAUGAGUCGGGAUGUAGAGCACAUCCUCGAUCACUGGAAACCCGGCAACAACCCGGCAACAUAUACACUGUUGUCAGAAAGCGCACGACAGCUGAAAUCCACAUCUUCAAAACGCAAGCUGCGAAAGAAACAGUCUCAAUCGCAGUCGCAGUCGCAGUCACAGCUGCAGCUGCAUUCUAUCGGUCUUGAUUCCUCCAUCCCGUUCCCACCAUCCUCCCCUCCCCCGAUCGCCAGGGAAUGGGGCAGCCAGCCCGAUAAUAGUCAGCCGCCUAUGAUCAGAUUACAAAGCAGUCAGGUCACAGAUGACCUCCCGAUGACUCAGAUUGAGCGAGGAGCGUUUGGAGGCCGAGAAGCCACUCGAAAGAGUGGGAUCAAGGCAAGGAAGAAGAAAAGAGCGGCAGGGUUCUAGGGUCGGAUUUGCUUCUCUUGUUCUUAGAUAUUCUAUAAUGUACGAUUGGAUCUUCGCAUUAGUCCUGCAGGGCACAUAACUAUGAUAUAUUUAGAUUAAUAAUUCUACUUGGUUGAUAUUCCCAGUUAACCGAAGAAAAAUCCCCUUGUAUCAGAUCACAAAUGAGGUGAUAAUCAAGCAGAUUGAGCGAUUUGUGCAUUUCUAUACAGAGUAAAUAUGCGUCACAUUCAAUAGCAUAGAUAGAUAGUGUCAAUGAAUCCUUGGAAUCAAGACCUCUUAAUAUCCGCAAGACAGACAGAAAAAAAAGUUGACUCAGAUUCCAACUCUACUCUCUCUCCCCGUGAAAACAAACAAUUCUUUCCCC